AAUGUGGCCACGCUUUCCCAAAAUUGAAUGCAAAGAGUGCUUGGUUUUUCUACUUGCAGCUAUAGUUGGAUAGCUCAAAGUUUCAACCGCUUCCACCCUCGUUGUAUUCAACCUACUUGUUUUCGGUCCAAAGUUACCAAACUUUGCCCUAAGCGUCCUCGGUCUUCUCUUCUUUCUGACAACAAUGCUACCAAAUAUCCCCAAAAAGCCAUUUAUUUAACAGCUCAGGUCAAGCUUCCUCAGAUUAGCGAAGUGCAAAACGCUACUUUCGAUCAAUGUUUACCACUGGCUAGAAACAUAUGUUUCCGCCUACAAGAGGAGCCCCAGGACGAAAACGCCUAUCAAGUGUUAAAGGAAUUGUUGUCAAGGGAAGAAGGUGCCAGGGCUUUUUUUGUUGAAUAUCUUUCUGACUAUGAGCUAAGUCUCCCUGAUAAAAAGCCUCCUUUCAAGUUAGAGAAGUUACUGAAAGAUUGUGACGAAUAUGUUCCCAACCUCCUGGCCAGAAAUCUUGCAAUGUCAGUCGCUAAAGAAGUGGACUUGGCGAACGAUUCUAAAAACGCAGAAAACGAGGAAGUGGACGAUACGGGCAGCGGAAGUUGGUCAGAUAGUGUUGAAGAAAGUUCUGGAGGUCCUACUAUGGUAAAAGAGCGAACAGCAUUGCUGAUCGAUAGUAUUGCCUCAAGUGAAAUUGCUCGGGAACUCGUCGCUCUUUGGUUUUCUAUAAGAAGUAGGAAGGGGAAAUAUGUCCAUUUUUUAGAACGCCAAAAAUUUAGAAAGGAUCAGCUGGACGUUAUCCAAAGAACGCUCGAAGUAUUCAUUGGUGCUUGAAGAAGAUGUAUACUUAAAACUUUUUGUAUUAAAAAGUCUGAAGAUUUCCCAUAGCUAUAAUAGAAAAAUUUUUUUUUAAACUUUUCUCCAAUUGUAAGGUUUUCCAAUGUGACUCAAUCAGUUCUAUUGUGAACAGAAAAUGACACACCAAACUCACCUUCUCAUGAAAAAGUGACAUAGUUUAUGGGAACAACUGGUAAAUAAAAUUUUCUUUCCAGAC